AUGGUCCUCCACAACCCGAACAACUGGCAUUGGGUCAACAAAGACGCUGGCCCCUGGGCCAAAGACUAUCUAGACACAGAGGUGAAGAAGGUUUCGGCGGAAGAAAAUGGUGUGUCGGCAAAGAUCACCAGAUUGAUCUCCAUGGACGGCGAUGUGGAGGUGAGCCAGCGGAAGGGAAAAGUCAUCACAAUCUUUGAUGUUGCAUUACAACUAGAAUAUGAAGGCAAAACGGAAGACGGUACCGAUGUCAGUGGGAGCAUCAGAGUCCCUGAAUGUGCAUAUGACACCGAGCCUGAUGACUAUGUGUUUGAAAUUGACAUAUACUCCGAGAAGAAAGAGAAACAGCCCGUUAAAGACCUAGUCCGAUCCAAGUUGGUCCCUCAACUUCGACAAGUGUUUGCUAAAUUCGGGCCUGCCCUGAUUGAAGAGCAUGGAAAAGACCUCCAACACGCUCCUGGCUCUAAUCCUUCGAGCGGUUUCGCAACUCCCACGUGGCAUCCUGAAAAAGAACGGAAGCCUCUGUCUCCUGCCCCAACAACCACCUCCACAAGCGGCAAAUCGUCCGUCAAUACGACCACCGUUACUGCCACGGACGAAUUUCGGACUACGGCGGAAGAGAUGUAUCAGACAUUUACCGACCCCCAACGACUCGCGGCAUUCACUCGUGCGCCGCCUCGACUAUUCGAAGGCGCCAAGGUGGGCGGGAAGUUCUCCAUCUUUGACGGCAAUGUCACUGGAGAGUUUGUCGAACUACAGCCGCCCAAGAAACUUAUUCAGAAAUGGAGAUUAGCGCAGUGGCCGGAAGGACACAUGAGCACUCAGGAAAUUUUCUUCGACCAGAACGAUGUUGACCGAGUAACUAAUAUGCGUGUGACCUGGACUGGGGUGCCGGUAGGGCAAGAGGAGGUGGUCCAGAGAAACUGGGAAGGCUACUACGUUCGCAGCAUCAAGCAGACAUUUGGCUUUGGAACCAUCCUAUAG